GUUGAAGUGUGCUCGUUCGUAGAUCUAUUGUGCAGUUCGUGGAUAGCAGUUCGGGAAGUACUUGUUGUAAUAAUGUCGAUAUUAGUUAACGGCACGGAAAAUGUCGUUCGGGAAUCGGCAGCAUUCGUAUUUAAUACGGUCGACUAUGUGGUUUUUGUUGUAAUGCUCAGUAUAUCAGCAGCCAUUGGGGUGUAUUUUGGAUUCUUUUCGAAAGGAGCCGACACUACAGAGGAAUACCUGAUGGGUGGCAAACGAAUGAAAACCCUUCCGAUUGCCAUAUCCCUGGUGGCCAGUCAAUUGUCCGCCAUCUCAAUUAUGACUAUACCAGCGGAAAUGUAUGCCUAUGGCAUUAAUUGGAUUUUCAAUGUGAUCUGCAUGAUCGUGGUUGUACCCUUACUCAACUAUGUCAUAAUACCAGUGUUUUAUAAUAAUAACAUUUCCAACUGCUACGAAUAUCUGGAGUUACGCUUCGACCGAAACACACGCCAGUGGCAAACACUCAUUUUUGUGGUUUUCCUAUUUUUGAUGCUUCCAAUAUUCAUCUUCUUACCAUCUCUGGCGUUUUCUCAAGUUACUGGUUUCAACGUGCACAUAAUCAAUUCGAUCGUUUGCAGCAUUUGCGUAUUCUACACAAUGUUUGGGGGCAUCAAAGCUGUAGUUUGGACAGACGUUGUGCAGGCUGCAGUUAUGGUUGGAUCCGUUGUGUUGGUCGGCAUCCUGGGAACAAAUAAUGUCGGAGGAUUCGCAGAAGUUGUGCGAAUAGCUGGCGCAGGAGAACGUUUGACCGUCAACUUCGCCUUUGACUUAACUACACGUUCUACAUUUUGGAAUAUUUUCGGUUCUGCCACAGUUAUGUGGACCAGUUAUGUGGGACUGAAUCAAAGCUGUGUCCAGCGAAUUGUCUCACUGCCCUCUUUGGGACACGCUAGAAGAUCUCUGGUCGUUUUUGGAAUAGGAUUCGUGGUAAUAAUGUUUUUCAACUGCUACACUGGCAUUGUUAUGUACGUCCGGUACCACGGCUGCGAUCCUAUGCUUCAGGGAGUGGUUGAGAAGGUCGACAAAAUGGUGCCGUAUUUUGUGCAGGAUGUUGUGGGGCACCUGAAGGGUAUGCCAGGAGUCUUUAUUUCGUGUGUGUUCAGCGCGGCGCUUAGCACAAUGUCCGCAAGUCUUAACUCACUGGCCGGGAUCAUAUACUUCGAUUACAUCAAGCCACACAUACAUCACACUGAACACAAGGCAAACAUCGUUAUGAAGCUAUUCAUCUUUAGUGUUGGGGUUUUCUGUAUCCUGGGUGGAAUUUUUGUUUCAAAGUUUUCCUCCCUUUUGCAAAUAAUAUACUGCAUCGGAGGAAUUAUAUUUGGAUCGAUCGGAGGUGUGUUUCUUCUUGGCAUGCUUAUUCCCAGAGCACAUAGUCGGGCGGCCCUUGCCGGAGUCUUUGUGAGUAUUGCGUGCAUAAGCAUUAUCGUUAUCGGAUCAUGGGGACGCAUUCAUUAUCCAACUUUACCUACAUCCACACAAAGUUGUCCUGCUCCAAAUACGACAACGACUACGAAACCUACGAUGCUGAGAGAGCCACAGGAUAAUGAGUGGAGCAUUUUCAAUUUAUCCUUUAAUUGGUAUGCUUUUGUGGGCUUCAUAAUAACUUGGAUUGUGGCAAUACCAUUGAGCUACAUAAUUCCCCCAUCAUCGAGCUUCAAGCUUGAUCCAAAAUUAUUAUCUCCAGUAAUAAGGCCGUUUGUGAAAUACGAGCAAACACAAGUUGAUGAAACAUAUGAUCUUAAGUGCGAUAAGUUAAAAGCUUAGUGAAGUUCAUUUAAUUCUAAUUACACAAUAAAUUAAGCGAUUAAAGACAAA